AUGAUUAUUCCUAUUCGAUGCUUUUCCUGUGGAAAGGUCACUGGUGACCUCUGGGAGCGCUAUCUUCAACUGAUCGCAGAUCCCCGUAAGACCGAUGGCGACGCUAUGGACGAGCUCGGUCUGAAGCGAUACUGCUGCCGCCGCAUGAUCAUGACCCACGUUGAUCUUAUUGAGAAGCUUCUCAAGUACGACACGGCCACCCAGAUCCCAUCCCAUACGCAAUCUCUAACCCUCUUUAGGUACACUCCCGAUGGACGAAGCGAGAAGAAGCAGAACCUUGGCGUUCAAUACUCAUAG